AUGGCCAUCGUCCAGCCGGAGCCUCUCCUGCCACCAGUGAUCACAGAGGAGUUCUCCAGCGCUGUGGUGCACGACUUGAUUCAACAUGGCUUUUGCAAGCUCCGCGUGCCUGAGUUGGAACAGCCAGCGCUGGUCGUGGAGACGGCGCAUCAGCUCACCGCAGCCACGUUGCCUCACUUGGAGCUUGAGGAGGGUGUUCUAGGGCGACGCUCCAAAAGCAAGGCCUAUUUCUUGGACCGCUUCGUGGAAGAGGCACCUGAGCCUUUGGCCGGUUGCAUCCGCCGCAUGACCCAGCUGGCCGAGGCCGUCGGUCCAGGCUUUAGCCGCGAAGUGGGCUUUCAGCCACUGCUGGGUUUGCAGCAGCUUUUGCUGCGAGAGCCACUGCAACGCGGGGAGCGACGUUUGCUGAGCCCUGGUCCGCUCACUGAAGAGGAAGUCGAGCAAGGCUACGUGGAACAGUAUCUGACUUUCCUGCAGUCUCGGCGGCUUUGCUUCCUCUACAUCGUGCAGGCAGCAGCAGAGAACUACGUCGAGCUCUUCCAGCAGGGUAGCAAGACGCCAACCAAGGUGGUCUUGGGAAAGGAUAGCCUGGUGAUCUUCCGCCACGACCAGCUCUCUUAUUCUUACCAAGGCUCUGGUGUCGCCCUGCAGGGCUGGCUGGUGGCCUUGCGAGACCGCUUCGAUCUGGAGGGCCUCGAGGGGGAUUACAGAGGUAUGGAGGAAGUUUAUGGUACACCGAUGAUUCAAGGUCAAGCCGUUCCUGCUGGAGAGCAAGUGAACAUCAUGAGCAUCGCUCCGAUGUUGCCUGGCCGAGUCAAUAACCUCAAGGCUCAUCAUCUCAUGUUCUCUGCACAGACUGACACCUUCCUGGAGCUUCCAGCUCUACGAUUCGACGUGGCCACAUAUUAUACGGACGAUCCAGAGGGCGACCCGAAUGCAAGCUCGAAAGCCUACACCAAGCAUGCGGGAGUGUUUCCGGAUGACGAGAUUUUGGGCUUUGAUGCUCGCUUCUUUGGCAUUCCGGAGAAACAGGCGCAUUUGUGGCCACCCUGCUUACGCUUGUGCCUUGAAAAGUGCUACGAAGCUGCGCAACUGCAAGGAUAUUCCAGAGAGACCUUGCAAGGCCAAAACAUGGCUUUGUACAAUGCUGACAUUGGAAACGAGUUCGAUCCAUUUAUGGGCAUCGAAACGGAUCCCGACAACUGGGCUCAGGGCAGGUUACUGUCACUGCCGUCCUCAGGGAUUCUGUCCUAUCAUUUGGGAUUGAAAGGUCCAAGCUUGUCGAUCGACACGGCUUGCUCAUCCUCUUUAGUCGCGAGCAAUCUCCUUUACAACUACCUGCGCAAACGGCCAGAUCCGACAUUAAAAGAGGCCAUUUGUUCUGGUAUGCUCAAUUGCCUGUCCGCAGGGUCAUUUGUGGGUCUCUCUCAAGCCGGCAUGUUGGGCCGCACCGGGCGCUGCAAGUCCUUCGACAACUCGGCCAACGGCUACGCCCGAGGGGAGGCGGUGAUUGGAAGCGUUUGGAAGGUCGGAGAGGAGGCUCAAGAUGUGGAAAAUCGGCAGGCCAACUUCGUUUCGGGCUUUGUCAACCAGGAUGGCCGCAGUGCCUCGUUGACCGCGCCCAAUGGACCCUCCCAGCAGUUGUGCAUCCGAACCUCCCACCGCCUAGCACAGAUUCUCCCAGCCGAGAUUUGGACCACCGAGAACCACGGCACGGGCACCGCUCUGGGAGAUCCCAUUGAAGUGGGAUCAGUGCGUGCAUGCUUCUCACGCGGCAGGGAGGUACCACUGGUGGUGACCACUGGGAAGAGCCACCAGGGACACUCAGAAGCUACAGCAGGGCUCAGUGGCAUUACCAAGGUCGUGAACACCCUCAGGGCCUCCGUCGCACCGUCGCAGAACCAUUUGAAAUUCUUGAACGCCCACAUCGACGAUGCUGGUUUCGUGGCUCAUUUUCCAAUUGAGUGCUGCGAGCUGUAUGUGGGAGAGAAAGGAGCUCUUGGUGGUUUGAAUUCCUUUGGCUUUGGUGGCACCAACUCCCGUGGCGAAAUUUGGGCCAUGAGCCGCGAUGUGCAGCGCCGUCGUGCACAGCAGGCCCUAGGGCGCCAGCGCCAGGCCGAGGCCCAGGGAGCCAAGGCCAUCGCAGCAGUGACGGUGCCCUGCGCCAGCUGUGGCGAGCCCAUGUGCUUCCGUUGUGGAAUGGCCAUGUCAGAACAGGUGAAGAACCAUCGGUGUGGAGAUAUUCGGGAAGAGGUGGGAUCCUAUGACGUAUGCAGCAACUGCUACCAAGGCAGCUUUCAUUAUCAAAGCCUGGUGGACUCCUGA